AUGUCAUCCUCUCAAGACCAAGACGUCCCUAACCACGUUAUCAUCGAAAAGCCCCUCGUCAAUAGUAUCCCCCCUCACUUGACUCCCAGACUCGACCCCGUCUUCGUCGAAUACUACCAGAAAUACAGCGCGGGCCGCCUCGCCACGCAUCAGAUCCCGAUAGCAGAAUACCGUGCCCAUCCGGAGAAAUACACCAUCUCAUACGGACGCGAGCUCGUCCCAGGGACGGGUGUCAGAUUCGCCGAUCUCAAGUGUCCCGUCGAGCAGGGCGAGAUCACGGUUCGCGUCUACGAAUCCGACAGGAGGUCCUCACAACAAGGACCGCGGCCCGUGUACAUCAAUUUCCACGGCGGUGGGUGGGUUUUUGGAGGGUUGUCUGUCGACUUUGAUCUGUGCAAGAGGAUCGUGCGCGACUUGGAUUGCGUCGUCUUCGACGUCGAUUACCGCCUCUCUCCGGAAUACAGGUAUCCCGUUCCGGUGGACGACUGUAUCGCCGCUGUGCAUUGGAUUCGAAGUACGCAGAAAGACAGAUACAACCUCGACCUCUCCCGCGUGGCAGUUGGCGGGUGCUCCGCCGGCGGACAUCUGUGCGCGGUCGUCGCCCAAGUCUGCCGCGACCAGGGCAUUCCUCUGGCCCUGCAGAUCCUGACCGUCCCCAUCGUCGACCUCGACGUCUUCUCACCAGACGGCUCCCUCCGCGAGGACCAGCCGUAUCCGUCCUACACAGACCUGGCGGAGACACAACCCCUGCCGCUCGAACGAAUGGAGUGGUUUCACCGCCAAUUUCUGGGUUCGCCGCGACCUCAGCACCUCGCGAGGGAGUGGAAGGUGUCGCCGAUCCACGCUCCGAACCUGAAGGGGCUGGCGCCCGCGUUGGUGCUCACCGCCGAGAUGGACGUUCUCAGAGACCAGGGAGAGGUGUACGCAGCCAGGAUGAAGGAGGCCGGGUGUGAGGUUCAAAUCAUCAGGUUCAAGGGCGCACCGCACACGUUUAUGCAACUCGAUGCGAUUCUUGAUUCCGGGAAACAGUACAACGCGGUAGUGUUGGAGGUCUUGAAGAAGGCUUUCAAAUUAUGA